AUGAGAACGUCCUCGAAAUCUCGUCUUCGUGAUGAUGAUCGGAAAAUUAAUAAUGACAAGAAAACAGUUGAUCUUAAAACGAACAAACAUGCUUUCACUAAACCAGCCACAUGUGUUUUGCUGAAAUCGAAUGAGGCUAAGCCAAGGUUGAUUCCUUCAAAGGGUGUGUCUGGAUCUUCGACUAAUCCUAGCCGAAAAUCUAAAUGCUCAAAGAAUAAGAAAAAUAUUUCUAAAUCACCUGAGGGGAUGGUGGAAAGAUCACUCGAGAAUGUCAACUACACACCCGAGUUGAAGCACAAUUUGUUGAGCAUCUCUCAAAUUUGUGACAAGGGCUACUCGACACAUUUUACGGAUACAAAAUGUCUAAUUUUGAAGCCAGGCAUUUUCAUCCCAGAUGAAUGGAUUCUUGUUUCCGAGCACAAUGUUAUGCUGUGGCAUUAUCGGCUAGGACAUGCUUACGCAAAGAACCCGAAUCGACUUGCAAAGAAUGAAAUGGUGCGUGGGCUUCAUGUCAAAGAUUUCAUCACGUUUGAAAAGUGUGUGGCUUGCGCUCAAGGAAAACAUCACAAUGAUGUGUCUGGUUCCUGCUCUGGUUCGAAGGAAGUUAUUGAAGAUGAAGAAGAAGAUGUUGUGUACAGACCACCAUUGGUGCCUUCUACGACUCCUACGGUGGAUGAAGUUGUUACAAGUACUUCCUCAGGUUUGCCAUGUCAAAGAACCGAUCCCACUAAUGAAGCCAUUCCUCUGACACCCGCAGAAAGAGACUUCAUGAUCAGAGACACUUCCGCUGCCACGCAUCCUUUCAUGGAGUUACUCUUUCCUGAGUCGAUUACUAAUGAGUAUGUGGCCAGCACUUCUAAUGAUUCUAGAUCAUCCAAGGUGUUUGAUACAGCAAAUGACGGACACAUCAACAUCAACAACCUUCCCGUAAUGCUCAAUGACAUCAGCCAAGAGCUUCCCACCAAAAUACAACGCGAUCACCCGAUCAAAAACGUCAACGGUCAGUUGGGCGACGAUGUUAGAACGCGAAGACAGAGUAGAGACGUCAACACAUGUCUCUAUUCUUGCUUCAUCUCUCAAAUAGAGCCAAAGAAUAUCGAUAUGGCACUGAAUGAGCCCAGCUGGGUUGAUGCAAUGCAUGAAGAUCUGAAUCAAUUCGACAAGUUGAGGGUUUGGAAACUGAUUGAAUUACCUAAAGGCAAGAAGUCCUGUGACACGCGCUGGAUAGACGUCAAGACUACCUUCCUGUACGACGUUGUGAAGGAAGAAACAUACAUUGAUCAACCUCCUGGGUUUGUCAACUCAAAGUUUCCGAAUCACAUCUACAAGUUGGACAAGGCUUUAUACGGGUUACAUCAAGCUCCAAGGGCGUGGUAUGCAAUUCUUACAAAGCACUUGCUCAAGCAUGGAUAUACAAGGGGGACAAUUGAUCAAGCGAUGUUCAUUAAGCAUGUUGGUGCUGAUCAGAUUCUUGUGCAAAUAUACGUCGAUGACAAUAUAUUCGGGCCAACGUGUCCACAGUUGUGCAAGGAGUUCGAAGUCGUUAUGAAGAAGAGAUUCGAGAUGAGUUCUCUUGGAGAGAUGACCAUGUUUUUGGGGCUUUAG